UAGAGCUAUAAAAGAUGCCGUGAGUUCCUUCAUUCAUCUCGUCUUGUGAGAUAUUUUCCCCUCUUCAUCCAUUUACUGUUGCUAGGGUUUGUUCUUAAAUCGAAUCGUACGUAAAACAAAUCUUAGAUCCGUCUUCAGAGUUCAAUCAUGUCCGAUACGGAGUACCGCUGUUUCAUUGGUGGCCUUUCUUGGUCAACCAAGGACGAUGACUUGAGAGAUGCAUUUGAAAAAUUUGGCCGCUUGUCUGAGGCGAAGGUUGUUGUUGACCGAUUUUCUGGUCGAUCUCGUGGGUUUGGCUUUGUCACAUUUGAUGAUAAAAAGGCAAUGGAAGAUGCUAUUGAUGCAAUGCAUGGAGUUGACCUUGAUGGACGAGCUAUCACUGUAGACAAGGCUCAGCCUCAAGGGUCUGGCAGAGACCGUGACGGAGACCGUGGGUAUGAUCGUGGUGGUCGUGAUCGUGACCGCGGUCGUGACUAUGGCGGAGGCGGUGGUAGAGGGUCUGGUGGUGACUGCUUUAAAUGUGGCAAGCCUGGACAUUUUGCUAGAGAGUGUCCAUCUGGUGAUGGAGGUAGAGGAGGGGAUAGGUAUGGAGGUAGGGAUGAUAGGUAUGGUGGCGGUGGAGGCAGUAGUCGUUAUGGACCUGAUCGCAAUGGGGAUAAAUAUGGUGGCAGUGGACGAAGCAGGGAUGGAGGAAGUCGUGGUGGAUCAGGAAGUGAGAGGUACAGCCGUGACCGCUCUGGACCAUAUGAACGCCCUAGUGGUGGUGGCGGAUACCGUUGAUAAAUGGUUCUCCUGCUGCAGCUUCACAGGGAACUGGAGGAAAAUAUCCUGAAGCCUUGACAGUUGAUCGGACAUGUUAAGGAUUGGGCGGACAAUACUAGUUCAGUUUUAGCUUGUGAUCUUAGACCGUAUGAUAAGUAAACCUGAUGCUUUUGCUUGCUUGACAUAUGCUACCUGGAUUUUGUUCCUUUAAACUCCGCAUAGUAUUGGUGCUUGGUUCUAGAUGAUUUGGCUUGCAAUAUAUUAUUGUGUUCUUGGGAUUCUUGGUUUAUCAUAUAUUUGGACUCCUUGAGGACUAAUUGGGGGCCUAUAGUGUGGAGUUAUUUGGGUCCCGUCGUUGGUUAUCUGAUCACGUGAGAUCUGCCUGAAGUAUAGAAAAAGGGGUUACCUUGGCUUUUGCUGAUCUCUCCAAAAAAAGCUUUUUUAAUUGUUAACUGUUGGCAGGAGAAAAACCGGGCUCUGAUUGGCCUUUGUGAUCUUUCUUCGUGCAUGCUUAGGUUCUGGGUAAAACUGUCCAUUGAUUGAACACGAUUCUUGCACUUUCCUGCUUAUGCAUUUCUUUGGCAGAGCAGUAGACACCCUGCAAUGUUAGACAAGGAUUGACCCUGCAAUGUUAGACAAGGAUUGAUCUUAUCUGAAAUUUUGUUCUGUUGAGGGAAUUACAGCCUGCAUGUUCGCAAUAUGGUUCGCGUUGAGAAUUUGUUACGUCUUCAAAGAGUGUUGUGGCUUUAGUGUUACAGCUUGUUCCUUUGUGCCUAGUCACUUGCGAGAAGAUUUCUUGUUCCUGGUUCCAAUUUUCAAUAGUGCAUAAAGGUUCUUGUCCUGAUUCUAUCGUUCCUGAGUUUCCAAUGGAGGUUCUCCUCAGGAGUUUCCCUUUUGGAUAUAUUUGUCAUACUUGUUUACUGGGAUGUAUAGCUGUAGCUCUAAACAUGAUACUAAUGCUUGGUUCUUGAUCGUGCGAACAAUUCACAAGUGUCUUGAUCCAUGGCCUUGAAAUUUGAUGAUACCUAAACUUGAUCAGAUUGAAGGAAGUGAUGCUAUGUUCUUGCCUA